AUGGACAUCCCACGCGGCCACGCAGCAAUGCCUCUUACAGAAGUUGACUUCUUGGAUUUUGUCUACAACUACUUCAAAGCAGAGUACUAUCCUAUUCGCUCAUUCUGGUCAACAGCAACUGCCUUCCCCCGCCAAACCGAACGAUGGAUAGCCAUGGGCCACGAAUUGUCACCACUCGUCGUGCGGCCCGCAAAUGCGCAGGCGCAGAAAGAUUUGGAAUCUUUGGAUUACUUCACAAGGAAAUGGAAUCUGGAUGCCGGUUUUGUCAGAGGCUUGAUUAUCAGGUUCGCAAAGUACGAGUUGCAUGAAAGAUUAGAAAAGAGGCUGUAUGAAUGCGCGAGACUAGAUUUGAUGGUAAGAAAGGCGCUGAAAGAGAAGCACUUGAUCGACGCACUAUGGCCGAGCCCUGCGCCACGAAACAUUGCGAAAGAGCUCUUGCAACAAGGUGUUCAAGCUCGCCAAUGGUUCGGCGACAUGUUCAACAAAUACUUCCGCGUUCUACAGUCCCUUGAUUCUUUCCAACUUCGCCCAGAAGUCGACCACCACAUGAAAACUAGCGGAAAGCUGAUGUUGAUACCCUUUGUGGACCAUCUGGUCUUCGGAGCGGUUGAUCCCAUCAUACCAAUUGUAUCGAAAGGGGCAGGCUAUGCAAAUGCCAAAGGGAGAGAUAACAGAAAUACCCCCGGUUUUGGUGAGCCAGCCAAGUUGGAGAUCAGGUUCGAUGCACCUACCGAGGUGACGGAUACGUAUACAAAGAGCGUCGUACGGCAGUGCCAGUGUAUGAAGUGUGGCACCAAGAGGGAUGUGCAGGUUGUAAUUUCCGUGGACCCCAAUCCCAAUGCUGGAGUAAGUGCAGGUACAUCAUCCACAAGUCGACGACGCGACGCUGCAACGUCGCACUCAAGGACCGCACAGCGCUACAGUCCAGGUUAUCAGAUGCCCAGUCAAGACGAUGCAGCGCCCCCUCGCCAACCUCCUCGACCACAACCUCAACCUCUGGAAGCUGAAGUCUCAGAAAGACCAUCAACACCCGACCUCAAGAAACAAUGCCCUCGUUGUACAUUCCUCAACGACCCCAAUCUCACAAGUUGCGAGAUGUGCGAAGCGCCCUUGCCAGAAACCCCUAUCCAGAAACCUCCCAGUCCAGCCGCCAACAGGAAGGUUCCUUCGCACUCCCACUCCGCAUCACACCCACCUCCUAGUGUACCAAAGAGUAGGGAAGAAGCAUUGAAGCAAGAACAGAGACCCGGAGCGCCAAACAGGCAUAGCCUGAGUGCAAGCUUAUUCUCCAUAUUCCCAUUCUCGCAACAGCAACAGCAAGAGCACCAUGCCAAGCUGCCGCCCACACAGCAGGUUGAUACAUCACCAGCCAUACAGUCAUCCUCGCGACAACCAACGGGGAACCAAGAAGAAGUUAGACCAUCUUCAAAGGAAGGAAAGAAACCAAGUGUCUCACCACCUACAUCUUCUCAUGCAGAGCCAUCCAAUUACCGUCACGGCGCCACUACACCAACAAAUCCCGUCGACACUACACCAGAAACCUCAUUGUCCCGAAACCCUGAAAUGGCGAUGAUGCCGCUAUCUCCCUCUCCACCGUCUUCUUCCCGCCCGCGUCCUGCACCGGCUGGCCUGCCUAGUAAUCUCAUGGAUGACUUUGUUCCCGUGUCAUCAACUUUCCCCAAGGACGACGAAGAUGAAGAUGCUGGGUGGGGUUCAAUGAGCCGGGAGGAGGCCCAUGAGCAUGAUAGUAGUAAUGACGAGGAUGAAAGUAGCGAACUGAGGGGCAAUGGCGGGUUGAUUGAUUUGGAUGCGGUAGCGAGGGAGGAAGCUGAUGUUUGGGGAGAUAGAGAUGAUUGA